UUACAUGAAAAGAUGUACUUGACAAAAGAGGGAAAAAAACAGAAAAUAUUUCUUUAUGAAUUCCCUGAAACAUGUUCUGGUACCAAUGUUUGUCCAGAGGCUGGUCCUUCAGAACCAGCUUUUAUAUGUUGAGCUGCAGUGAAGUUAAAGUAUGGCUGAUGUUAGUGACGUCCACGUCCAUGUGAGUUAUUGUUACAUCCAAAGAACCAAGGACCGCUACGGUUCGGUUCGGUACAUGACGCCGUCAGCCCAGCUCAGACUUCAGACAAACACGACUUUUAUAACGAGAACAACGUACGUGAAAAGUGGAUGUGAACGGUUGUUUUAUGCCUACUCCGUGGACAGGUACGUCACAUGACGCUGACGCACGGAGCCGUCGCCCAGCGUCCGUGUGUUUUACACCCAUGACAAACGAUUCCUUUUUCGACUUUAAACGUUAAACACCGGGAGACAUUUGACUUGGACUUUGUCGACGUGUGUCUCUGUUCACCGGACAAUCACCGCCGUAUUUCACACGACGUGUUUAUGUCCGCUUUAUGUGACAAAACGUGUCGAAAAGCACCACCGUCGUGUCCGCGGCGGCGCUUCUUCAUGAUGGUUUAGCGCUUCUUCCAGGAUAAUUCACAAGUCCCGGGCCUCGAACGUGAGUCCGAUGCUUAGAGGACAGUGGUCACCAGUGACGGGGACAACAGCCGUGGGCACGACUGAGUGUCUGAGGGAGAUUUUGAGGAGAAAAUGUUGAAGAGAAAACACAACUGUCGCCACAGCGGAGGAAAUGGCCGCGUUGCUUCUCCACGGUUCUCAUCCUCUCUAUAAGUCCCGCCUCCUGCGCCGAGAGAAACAAACUCAGAACUGACUCUGAACGAACACCUGACGGAAAAUGGCAGAAGAAGUCGCUGCAGCAGCACCGGCCGUCCAGGCCAAAGCCGCCAAGUCUCCCAAGAAGAAGAGGGCCGCCCCAAAGAAGAGCAAGGAUGCGGGAUCCAGCCUCCCAAAGAUGGUCGUGGCCGCCGUGGCUGAGUCCAAAGAGCGGAAGGGCCAGUCCAUCUCCGGCCUGAAGAAGAUUCUGGCCGAUAAAGGAGUGAACGUCAGCAAGGACAACAAGCGCAUCAACCGCUGUGUGAAGAAUUUGGUGAUCAGCGGAGUCCUGACCCAGACCAAAGGCAUCGGGGCGUCCGGCUCGGUCAAGAUCGCCAAGAAGGAGCCGACGGCGGCGAAGCCCGCGAAGAAGCCAGCGAAGAAAGCCGCCGGUCAAACUAAGGCGAAGAAGCCCGCGGCGGCGGCGGCCAAGAAAACUGCAGCGGCUAAAAAGUCCGCCCCGGCCAAGAAGCCCGCCGCUGCCAAGAAGCCCGCGGCGGCCAAGAAGGCAGCGACGCCCAAAAAGUCACCCAAGAAGGCCGUGGCCAAGAAGCCCGCGAAGAAGGCAGCGACCCCCAAGAAGUCUCCCAAAAAGGCUGCACCCAAGAAAACAAAGGCCGCGGUCAAGAAAACUGCGGCGAAGAAAUCUCCAGCAAAGAAGUCUGCAGCCAAGAAGAGCAAGAAGUAGACGAGCUGACCCCCCCACACCCCCCCUCGGCUGACCGCUGUCAAACAACGGCUCUUUUAAGAGCCACCACUUCGACCACUUCAAAACAACAGAACCUCAAAAAAAAAAUUCGAUCAAACCUGACUAGUUGUACAUUAGUAAACUGUUGGUUAAUGAUCGUUAAUAGUUGUGACGUCACCUUAAUAUCAACGACUACAGUUGGUCCAGGCUGCACCAGGUCACGUCAUCAGUGAAGGUCCAUUAUUACCCCCCCCCACACACACACAC